AUGGAUCGCCACCUGCACAUGCUUCACAAGCGCACUGCAAGGCAGACAACCCAUGGCGGUUCAAAAACCUCUAAAUCCAGCAAUAGUAGCAACAUUGUUUCCGACGUAAAUGUGCCGCAGACAAGUCUCCGGGAGCGUCUGGCUCGUUUUAGCAAUGAGCAAAAGAAGGACCCAAACAAGGCUGUUGAGACCAUCUCCCAUGACAGCGACCCCACCACGGCCUUCUUUAAUCGUCUCAAGCGUCCUGUUCCCGCGCACGAGGAUGGCGCACCUCGGCAGCAAAAGAGGGCCAGGCGGCCAUACGAACAAGAUACGAGCAGCUCGCCAAUAUUUGUUGCAAGGGAGACCGCAAACCAUCAUCAGAAACGGAGGCCAGUGGCUGGGGCAAUUGAAGCGACAUAUGCCGUGAAAGCAGAUGAGCUCGAGCGGGCCACCAACGAGAAGCUCGAUCAGGCCCGAGACCAUCUCAAAACGCAGAUUGAGGAUAUGAAGCAGCAGGAAGGUCACUUUGUCGACGAGCUCAAGGCUCGACAGCAACUGAUUGUAACCCCUCUGUACGACCUCAAGUUUGCAUCCGGCUCCCGCAUGGAAAGGAACCUCGGCCGGAUCGUCGCCGAUUUUCGGGCGGAGAAGAAGACUGUAGAGAAGGCGGUUUCAGGCCUUUGGGAUGAGUGGGAUAAUCUCAACAUCCAGAUCAGGCAACUCUGCGACCGUAUUGUCACAGCCGACGAUAAUUCACAGGACGAGGACCUCGAUAGCAAGGUUCAUGAUGUGUUAGAAGCUGCUUCCAAGGAGUUGGAAGACUUUGGCGCAGAGGCUAAAAAGGAAUUGGAAAAGGCUGAAAAAGACGCUGAAAAGCAAAGGCGGAAGUUGAGGGAGUUGUGGAUUGAAGAGAAGGCAAGAGAAUAUGACAAUGCUCACAGCAGGAAGCUCAAGUUCCGCUAGUGUGCUAUGAGGGCAAGACUCCAAGCACGAGAUGCUGGCAAUAAAAAACCAGAGUUUGCACUCUGUUUGGGGAGGACCGGUCAAAGGGUUGACGCUCGAUAUGAUGAACGUAAACUGGCGAUAUUGGAGGAACGCUACAUUCUUCAAGAUGAUUGCUUUGCUGACACCCAUUUGGAAGAUGAUCUUAACCCAUUUAGCUUCACC